AUGCUCAUAACCCGCGGUUUCUCGCUGACGAACUUCGUCAUCGGCUCCUCGGCGCUUUGCUUCCAGAUAUUUGUGUUAUAUCCAUGGCACCACAAGCUUGAUGCAGAAUUCACCGAACUACGAAAAGAGCACGCUAGAUUACUGGAAGAUACGCACAACAAGCACCGGAACGAGCUUAAGGGUAUUCGCGAACAAUUGAUGUUACUUAAUGAGAGGAAAGACAAGAGUGGGAAGUGGUGUGGCUACAUCCUUUUCGCCACAUCCUACAAGCCUCUACCAUCCAACGCAUGA